CACGGCUGGGAGGAGUAAGGAAAAGCCUCUGCGCAAGCGCAAUGUUCAGCCGGCGUUGGGAGCGAGCCGCAGGCUGCCUGGGGAGCGGAGGGAGAGGCGUGCGCCGAGCCUUCCCAUCCUGAGACGUCUGUUGGGUUCCUGAUGCCUCGCUCCAAUCCUGUGGCUGCACUUCGGGCUUCAUCCUCUGUCCACCGUCCUCCCUCGAAUUUCUCAUCUUUGUCAAGCCAGAGAUUUGCUGUCUCUCAGUUUUACCCUUUCUGGAGAGGACAGGCCAGAGGAGGAGGGAAUGGCUUCUGGCGUUCUGCUGGCCAGAGUCCAGGAGGCGGUGACAUUCAAGGAGGUGUCUGUGGACUUUACUCAGGAGGAGUGGGGGCUCCUGAGCCCUGUCCAGAGGGAGCUGUACCGGGAGGUGAUGCUGGAGAACUACAGGAACCUGGGCUCCCUGGGGCUUCUGGAUCCCAAAUCAGACCUGAUCUCCUGGUUGGAACAAGAGGAAGAGCCCGAGGCGUGGGAUCUGCCGGGAGGGGUCCCAAGAAGUGCCUGUCCAGCCAAAGGAGGCAGGUCCAGCUGGCAGCCGGGAGCCAGCCCACGGGGCAGCCCGUCUGGUGCAUUAGGUGUAGCCGCGGUAGCACGAAGGGCGGUGGAGCAGGCUAUGAUGAUCUGAGGCGAGGGCGGUCUUGACUGUCUGUGCUCCCUGAGCCUGUGGCAAACGGACUGCUUGGAGUCAAGAUGCCUCCAGCUCUGACAUUCCAGGGCCUUAGUCCAUGUGACCCCAGCUCCUCAAAAGAGGGACUCUGGCCAAGUCAUUCCCCUUUCUGAGCUUUUG